AUGACCCCAAGCCGACCCCUCAUUCUCCGAAUAUGCCGCCCGCUUUGGGGAUUGGCCUGCCUCCUCGCCGGCGGCGGCGAGUAUCACGGCACCGAGUGGUGGGUCGAGGGCCUCAAGUCAGGAACCGACCCCGAAAACCCCGAGUACUGGGGCUACCCCCGCGACAAUGAUCAGCGAAUGGUAGAAAUGUGCCCUCUCGGAUUUGCUCUUGCUGUGGCUCCCGUAUUCUGGGACAGUAUGAGUGAAAAGGAGCGGGAGAACGUAGAGACAUGGCUAGGAAACUCGAUCAACGAGAAGAACAUGCCCAACACCAACUGGCUUUGGUUCCGUGUGUUUGCCAACCUAGGUUUAAAGAAGAACGGUGGGAAAUUCUCCCAAGAGCGUCUAGACUCCGAUAUUGAGCACUUGAACACGUUUUACCGCGGCGACGGCUGGUCCAACGACGGCCCGGAGGGUAUCCAUCAAAUGGAUUACUAUUCUUCGAGUUUUGCCAUCCACUUCCUCCAACUUCUAUAUGCCAAGCUUGCCGGCGAGGAAGAUCCAGAACGAGCUGCCGAGUUCAAGCACCGAGCCCAACAAGUCGCCCUCGAUCUCGUCCACUACUACGAUGAAGAGGGACGGUCUAUUCCCUUUGGCCGAAGUGUUGGCUACCGGUUCGCCAUGGUCUCCUUCUGGGGCGCGCUGGCGUACGCCGAUGUUGAGCUUCCCGCCCCGUUGACGUGGGGAAUGGUCAAAGGUAUUGUCAUGAGGCACCUACGCUGGUGGCAGACGCAACAUGCCAUGUGGAACUCGAGCGGAGUGUUGUCAAUCGGGUACUCGUACCCGAACAUGUAUAUGGCGGAGAAUUACAACAGUCCCGGCAGUCCUUAUUGGGCCUGUCUUGCCUUUAUCUGCCUCGCGGUCCCUCCGGAGCACCCGUUCUGGACAUCGGAAGAGGAAGAUCAUUGGAGCCAGAUCCCCAAAACCAAGGCCCUCAAGCACCCAGGACACAUCAUGAGUGCCUAUGCCUAUUCUGUCCCUCCUGGCCUCUUCACACUAGAGCAGUACGCACUCGCCUCCCAGCUCGGCCUCUCAGACGAUGGAGGCGAGUACUGGAAGACCCGGCGCCUUAGUGAGUAUUCCGGCCUCGAAGAGCGAGACGGGAACCCCGUCCUCGUGUCCAUCUGGAAGCCGUUCCCAGAUGUCACUGUCAAGACAACUCUAGUACCGCCGACGGAGACGGCGCCCAACUGGCACCUGCGAAUCCACCGCAUCGAAGCGGGGCGGGAAGUGAUGACGGCAGAUGGUGCUUUCGCCAUUUGCAAUGAGAACAGCAAGGACGGCAGGUAUCUCGAUCUUUAUGACGCCGAGCUUUACGAGGGGACAUCCCCAAAGAUUAUUGGAAACUACGACUUGAACACGCCCGCAGGCUGGGCGACCGGAAAGGAUGGCGCGUUCGCCGUCUCCAAGGGCGCUGUGGGAAUCAAGGCGCUCGAGGACAGCAUUGAGCGAUCCGCGAACCUUGUGAAUGCGGAUCCCAACUCCAACCUGGUUGAGAACCGGACGACCAUCCCCACUCUCCAGCACACCAUCAAAAGCGGAGAGUCUGUCUGGUACGUAUCCGCGAUCUACGCCAAGCCGCCGGGUGAAGGAGUGCCCAGGAGCGCCUACCUAGAGGGUUGGAACUCUCCUCCAGAGAUCCCCGCGUGGUUGAAGGCGGAGAUAUCAUCGUAG